ACUCAUUUUUAUGUGGUUGGUAAUUAGAUUAUUUUUACUUUCUACUAUUUUGUAUUGUGUUGGAGUUUUUUCCCUCGGGAGAUGAGGUGGAGGAAAACAGACAGACAGUGUUGGAGCUCAAAUGAAGGAAACUCAUGUGCUUAUAUAUGAUUUUUAUUUGGGCGGCACUUGGAUUUUUUGAGUUUGUUUUUAUUUUGUAUAUUUUGGGGGGGUUUCGACCCAGGAGAUGAGCUAACUCUCAAACAUAAUGUCUGGAAACGUCGAUGAAGAGGAGGCCAACGUCACCCACACAGGCCCAAAGGGAGUGAUCAAUGACUGGAGGAGGUUUAAGCUUGAGAGCAUGGACCAGGAGUCCCUGCCCCCCCAGAAGAGAGAGCUGCUCAGGCAGAUGUCCUCCCCACACAGGCCCAAAGACGACGGCAGGGGAAGCCUGAACCGCAAGAUGAGUGUACAGGAGUAUGAGCUGAUUAAGGAGGAUGACGAGAAGUGCAUGAAGAAGUACCGCAAGCAGUGCAUGCAGGAGAUGCACGAGCGCCUCAGCUUCGGUCCCAAGUUCGAGGGCGUGUACGAGCUGGAAAGCGGCGAGGCAUUUCUGGAGGUCAUUGAGAAGGAGCACCGGCUCACCGUGGUGGUGGUGCACAUCUACAAGGAGGGGAUCAAAGGUUGCGAUGCGCUCAACUCCUGCCUGGACUGCCUGGCCACUGAGUACACUAGCGUCAAGUUUUGCAGGAUCGACGCCGGGGUGACUGGUGCGGGGGAGCGCUUCACUGAUGACGUCCUGCCCACCAUGCUGGUGUAUAAGGCUGGCGAGCUGCUGGGGAACUUCCUGGCCACCAACCAGCACUUCAACGAGGAGUUCUUCGCCACCGACGUGGAGGCUUUCCUCAACGGCUACGGCCUGCUGCCGGAGAAAGAUUUAGUCGUUGGGGGAGAGGAGGAGGAGGCAGCCGUGGAUGUGGAGGCAGUGGAGUGAAGGGGUUGUGGAAGAGAGGUGUGUGGAGGAGGAGAUGGAGGACAGGGGUUUAUGGUGGGGUGGAGUGAAGGGGUUGUGGAAGAGAGGUGUGUGGAGGAGGAGAUGGAGGACAGGGGUUUAUGGUGGGGUGGAGUGAUAAAGGGUUGGUGGGGUUGAAGGAGGGAAGUGUGUGGAGGAGGAUAUGGUUUUGUGAUGGAUUGAUGCUUGUUUUGUGUAACAGAGUAGCAGACGCACACAGACUGGGUUGACUGCACUAGAGGGGCCUGAGCGUACUGUAGAAGGAGUCCAUUCCCUAAAUAAGGGAUCAUUUGAAUGUUCAUCCAGGGAAGAAACCUCAGCAGCCUGAGUACCUGAUGUCGAUUAGGGUUUGCAUUCCUACUAGAAAAGGACCGUUCCAGUUAACUUAUUGUUGGGAGCCAAAGUUGAUCUAUUAUUAGGCUACAUGUAUGAAAGGGGGAAAACAUGAUAUCACAUAUUGGGCCGAUUCUGAUUAGGAUUACUCUGGGUCCAGGACACCAGCCUAUGGUGUUUCUGGGUAAUAUUUAAUAUAUUAUAUAUAUGUUAUAUUUUCAAGUCUUUAGAAUGAUCUUUUUUUCAAGGUUAAAUUACAUAUUUAUUUUAGGUAUUUACAAACGCUGUAAGAUUCUAUAAUAUUUAAUAAAACAAAACAUGAAUAACAUGAAAAAACAUAACAAA